AAACGGACCAAAACCUGUGGCCAUCUAUUAUUAGCGCAGAGUUGUUUACUCAGUCACUUAUAUAACAGAUAACUACCGCACUCGGCACCCGGUGAACAUUUGAUUUCGCUGUAAGUUUAAUUGAAAAAUAAACUAAAUUACCUAUAAUAGAACCAUGGCAUCGUUUACAUUUUCCUUUAAUGAUCCAGCUGUGCAAUCAUAUGCCUUUUAUUCUGGGGUAUUGGCUCUGAAAACACUUGGCAUGUCUGUGUUGACAUCUAGAGUUCGUCAUAGCAAGAAAGUGUUUGCUAACGAGGAAGAUGCCAAGCUGGAUAAAAGGGGAGUAGUCAAAUUCGAUGACCCUGAUGUGGAAAGAGUGAGGCGCGCGCAUCUAAACGACCUUGAAAAUAUACCAGCUUUUUGGGUAUUGGGUGGAUUGUACCUCACAACGGGACCAUCGGCAGAAACAGCUACUAAUCUCUUCAGAGCCUAUGCUGCAGGCCGUGUCCUUCAUACCUUGGUAUAUGCUGUUAAACCACUGCCGCAACCAGCCCGCGGAAUCGCUUUCGGCAUACCAUUUCUCAUAAUGAUAUUCAUGGGAAUCAAAGUGGUUGUUUAUUAUUCAAAAGCCCUAUAAUACAUCGAAUAGGUACCUCGCACAAUAAAAUUAUAAUAUUCAUACAGAUUUAUUUUUUUAUGGGAUACUGGUUUUACAUUAAUGUAAUGGUAACUCAUGUAUAUAACACAUGUUAAUAAAUAAUACGUAAUUUUUUGUACCAAAUGUCAUUAUAAUAUUGUUUCAGAAAAAUAAAUACUUGGUAAACAAA